CGGAGUAUAUGCUUUUCCGCCUCUUUUUGUCCGGAAACCUAGUUCCAGACAAAUAACCUGCGGAAAGAUCUCUACAAACUAGUGAAACGACGUUCUGCACGCGAAACUCGUGCUAAAGAAGAGUUUCGAGGAGAGGAGGAACACGAUGUGGAACGGUUUAAGACCUGGACCACGAGGAGGAAUGCCCUUUCGUGGCGAACCUCGCGGAGGCAUGUUUGAAGGCAGAGAUGGCCCAAGACCUGACUUCAGAGGUCGAGAUGGCAUGAACAUGGACAGGUCACCUAUGGACAUGAGGCGGUUCGACUGCCCACCUGAUAUGAGAGGACGAGACAUGGGUCUUCAUGACCCAGGAAGAGAGCCUGCUCGAGACUUUUUCAGACCUGGAGAUGAAAUGGAAAUGAAUUUUCGAAGGCGCUUUGAAAUGGAUCAGAGAAACAACCUUCAGAAUCCUCCAGGUUUUAUGGGUCAAUCCAGGCCUCCGAUGGAUAUGGAUGGCAGAGACAUGCAAGGUGGUAAUAUGAGGGGUCCAGAGGACAGAUUCAUGAAUAUGAGGGAGAGGGAGAGAUUCCAGAUGGAUAUGCCUGGGCUUCCCCCCAUGGACAUCAGGAGGAGACUUGCUAUGGUGGCUAUGGGUGGAAAUGGAGAUCAUGGGGACAUGAGAGACAGGGAGAGGCCACGGAUGGGUGGCAUUGAUGGGUUCAAUAUGGACAUGCCUCCCAGAGACAGACCGAUGAUGGAUUUUGACAGGCGAGGUGUCACCCCUCCAAUUAUUCCAAGAGGAAGGUUUGAAUCUGAUAUGGAUCUGAGAAACCGCAUGGGAUCCUCCAAUGAUUUCAGAGAGCAGCCUCCUCAGAUAUUUCGAGACCAUGAUGGCCUUCCCAUGGAUAUCAGAGGAAGACCUGAAGUUCCUUUGGGUCGUGGUGGCCCAGAACCCAUGAUCAGUGGCGAUGAGAUGACCCUCAGAGACAGAGAAUUCCCAGAGCCGAUGGACAGUCCCAUGGGCUUCAGAGGGAGAGAAAGUGAAUCGCUCUCAGACGAGUGGCACGAGCAUGGCAUGAGAGACCGUGACCCGCCGAUGAUGGGCAGAACGCCACCACUUUUCCCGAGAGAGAUGAAAGACAAGUUCUUCUCUAACCAUGGAAAAGAUGUGGACUUUGGAGAAAAUUCCCAGUUCAAAGACCAAGACAGGCAGUCUGGGUUUCUGGGAAAAGCUGGCACAGGCUUUAAUCGAUCAGAAAGAGACUGCAAAAAUAUUCCUAGUGAUUUCCCAGUCAGAGAUCCAACUCAGAAGCCCUCACUUCUUCCACCGGUUCCCCCUCUAAAUGCCAAAAGUAGAGAUGGAGAUAAACUCUGGCCAGGUGACCGAGAUGAAAAGCCUGACAGAACUGCACCAGCAUAUUUCCGAGACAAGAACCAGUCAAAUCGAGAGCAUCAUUUCGCCAGUGAUCGAGUGCCCUUUAAGGGAUCUAGUGACAUGGCUUUAGAUCAGGGACCACAGAGAGAGAGCUUGUCAAGGCCAAAGGAACCCCAGACUAAUAGAAGUGAGCGUCAGGAUCAGGAUUAUCGAGACAUUGAUUAUCGCACCAGCUCAGGACGCAAAUAUGACUACAGUCUUGAAGAUCUUCAAGGACCCGAGAAAGACAUGAAGGAAUCCAAACUUGUUCCAACUCAACGACCAGACGACUCUGGUUCUCAGGACCAGGAUUACAGGAGUGCAAGUGUUCAGGAUCAAGUCUCAAAGACAAUUGCCAUCUCUGGAAUUCCUAAAACUGCCACAAUGCAACAGAUUCUGGAUGCUUUUGCAGUCCGUGAUGGUGUUCCAAUGCAGGGCAUGAAAAUAAGGGAUGUUGUGCCAGGUUACAGCUACGAUAUGGCCUAUGUGGAGUUUUUAAACCUCGAGGAUGCUGUCCACUUCAUGGAGUCCAACCAGGGGUCUGUUAAGGUUGGUGACAAGACUGCUCUGCUCAAAUAUAUUCAACCUGACAAAAAUGUGAAAGAACAGCAUCAUGAUCCACCAGCUAACGCCGCUCCAGCCAGCGAUGAUGGUUUGUUACCGAAUCCAGUCCAACCACUGAAUAUAACGGAGGAUACCGAUACCAAGCCUGUGCAGGAUCCUGUCUCUCAAGGUGUGUGGCAGAGAAGCUCCAACUUGACUCCUGAAGCAUGGCAACAGCAAGUGGACCAACAGCUACAACAGCAGGAUGUGGUGCAACAGGCAGAGGAAUGGACCAAUCAGAAAGCAUCUCGCCAAAAACUGCAGCACUCUGAUCCAGUCUUCAAGGAGAGCAAGACAAUGAUUAUUAAGAACAUUUUGCCUACCACCACUGUGGAGACCAUUCUGCAAGCACUCGAUGCAUUUGCAUACCUGGAUGAGCGCAAUGUUCGUCUGGUCAAAGGGAAGUCACCUGGAUCCAAAUGCUUCUGCUUUGUUGAUAUGGAUUCACAUGAGCAUGUGACACGAUUGGUGGAGCUGCUCACCAAACCCCGCCCUAUCAUGAUUGAUGGGGUUAGAGUUUAUGCUGAGGUCGCCAAGCCUUUGAAAAACCAAAACUAUAGGAGGGAAAAUGAUAAGUCAAACACUUCUCUCCUGGGUUUCCCUCCAGAUGUUAUGAUGUUUCAGCAGCCACAGCAUUAUCCUCAGCCUUCUCAUACAACUAUGGGUGUUGCACCUACCAUACGAGGUGACCCAAUGGGAGCAGAUGCCACGUUGUCAUCAGCUGCAAUACCGACUUCAAGCUUAACACAGGGUGUGAUGUAUUCUGAGACAACGGCAAUGGUGCAGUCAGUCCAGACAGCUGAGCAGCAGACUGCAGCUUUAUCUGACACUGCUCUUCCCGGUGCUGAGGAGUCCAUUGAUGGAUACAGCUAUGCAGGAUCUGAGGCUCCAGAGUUGUCAGCCUUCCUUUACGAUGCUACAUCAGGCUUCUACUAUGACCCUCAGACUACCCUGUACUAUGAUCCCAACUCAAGGUAUUUCUACGAUGCUCAGAAUCAGCAGUACCUGUACUGGGACAGUGCCUUAAAGACCUACAUCCCAGUCCAGAGCUCUUCGACUGAAGGUCAAGAGCUGGCCCCUGAAGCUGCUGUUCCCAUGGCAACUGCUGCUGAGGUUAUAGCUACGCCCAUCACAGAGGAGGAAGUGAAGGCAGUUACAGAGAGCGUGCCGGAGGUGCAGGUGGAAGAGGAGCCUGCCCCACGUGCAGAAAAGAAAGAGAAGGAAAAAGAGGAAAAACCAAGAAGUUUAGCAGCUUUUAAGAUAAUGAAAGACAUGGAGCGAUGGGCCAAAAUCCAGAACAGGCAGAAAGAAAUUGUCCGAUCUCCUUCACCUCUUCUAAAGUCUGGAGGAGAUGACCAAAGACCCUCAAAAGCUGCUGAUGCGGCCUUUGCAGUCUUUGAAAGGAAGGUCACCGGUGCAGAUGAAUUAUUCAAGAAGCCUCUUGCUCCGCCAAAGCAAAAAGACGAAAAAUCAUCAAAGCGACCCAUGGGCUCUCUUGGAAUGCUGGCAGCCGACUACGGGGCAGGCAGCGAUGAGGAGGAGGAAGAGAAACACGAGAAGCAGGAAGCUGCACAACCUGCAAAGAGCCAGCCACAGGCGGACGAGAAGGAAGACAGGUUGACAGAUUGGAAGAAGAUGGCAUGUCUUCUGUGCAGGAGGCAGUUCCCUAAUAAAGACGCUCUGAUUCGCCACCAGCAGCUCUCAGACCUGCAUAAGCAAAAUAUGGAGAUUCACCUAAAAAUCAAAAGGUCAAAAAGAGAACUCGAAGCUCUAGAAAGCCAGGAAAAAGAGAUGAAAGUGAAACAACCAAAUGGUUCACCUGAAGCAAAAAGAAGAAAGUCACAAAACACAUGGGCCGGCAGCUCAAGGGGCAGUCAUAAAGGCAGCGAAAGACCAGGUUUGGGUUUAGAGACUGCUGAGCGGAAGAAGAAGGAACCCGUCGUAUGGAAUCAUGCCACGUACAAACAGGCAGUUCGGAAGGCCAUGUUUGCACGUUUCAAUGAGUUGGACUGAAAAGGAAAUGAAUGAACAAAAAGGGAAUUUGUGAAUAUACAUUCAUGCACACACAAGUGUGGUGUGGUGUGGUCCGUUGGGAGCUCAUUCCAGGAUUUAAUCUGUGAACUUAUACAAAAUUCCUGGAGGAGCUUGUUAUGCCUAACCCCUCAUUCUGUGGUGGUGUGUGUCUGUAUAAAAAUUAUUAAUUCUUUCCUAAAAGCCAAAUGUACUCUUAUGUUUAAUCAUCCUCUUUGUAGCUCUAUUUUUCAGGGCUUUUUAAAUAUUUCCUCAUUUGAUAAUGUUAUAUCAUGUUUUUUUCUCUUUUUUUUAAUGUAGUAAAAUGUAUGUUAUUUCACUUGUAAAAAGAAAUAUUUGAGUUAAGGCGAUUAUACAUUGUAAUUUGUCCUUGGGUCAAUAAACUGCCUCAACGUGACUGUAAACAUA